ACAAAAAAUUCCUUAGCUAAGAAUGUAAUUAGGCUAUGCCCGUAUUGUCAUUGGUUUUAGUACAAAUUAGCCUCGAAACCACAAUUGUUGCCAUCGCCUUGCCAAUUCAGUUCACCUCCGGUGGCAAAGGCUUCAAUAGGAGUUGAUUAUUUUGGACAGUAAGGCGUUAUAUCGUCAUCUAUGAAAAUUCCAAAUUGAAAGUCGUUCCAAGCUGUCUUGUUUGCAAAGUAUUCUUAUUAUAGACGAUGUGCAUCCACUGCUGCCGCCUUCGCCGGACUCCAUGCCCACCAAUCCCGUACAGCUGUCCCCACUGCCCGGUGCGCACCAUCUCCAGUUGCUGUCCUUUGGGCAGUCGACCCUUCACCGAAAAUCCCUUUAUCAGGGCCCAGGAUCGGGAGUCAGAUUCCGGUCCCUGUGACGUCCUGCCUCCCCGCUGGCUUGAAGUCAACCGUCGGGUCAUUUACGACCUGGCAAACAGUCUGGAUCGAUCCCCUGAAGCAGCUCACUAUAUGUUGCUUCGCCUGCUAUAUGCCAACUAUGGAAAGGUGAUGAUGAUAUCCCGAAAACGGAGGAGCUACAAGGUGCCCUUAAGUGGCUAUCCUGACCAAGAUCUCUUCUCCGCAAGUGACCUUUUCGAUAGCGAUGGCUACCUCUCCGAUCCCAUGGCCCCGGAAACUCUGGGAAAGCUUCUCCGCAUGAUUCAGGACUACAUCUUUCGGUUGAGGGCGCUGAAUCAAAGAUACAAAUGGUUUGGAAACGGCGAAGAUUUGGGAGAAAUACUGUUGUUGCUGGGAGAACAAGAUGAACUUGUGAGACUGUUAAGGGAACUCUUUGGAAACACCGAUGUGGUGCCCAUUUCACAACUCCUUAAAGCUCUCAACGAUAUGGAGUUCGUUGACUUAUUUGGAAAGUGGAAGAAGAAAGCCACACCAUCGCUGGUGCGAAGCAUAUCCGAUCUCUACUCGGAAGUGACGGAACCGAAGAAACUAGGACCAUCCCGUCCGACAAACAUCCCAAGUCGCUGUUUAAAAACUAAUCCAACAGCCAAAAUGCACUGCACCCAAACGCCAAAUCGCCUAAAGUCACCAAACGAAUCUUCUGCCCAGUCCGAGAAACCUAAGCUCUACUAUAAACCUAUAGACGCUGUCAUAAAGGACGGCCGAAUUGCCCGGAAUCGGACGCCGCACUAUAGAAUUCCGGAGGAGCAGCUAAUUCAAGGUGGUUUGCGAGGGAAGGUCUCUGUGUAUAGCAAAAGUACGAAUCGUUUUGCCUAGCGACUGGCAGAAUAAUUCCACAGAUCUUACAAAGGUCAACAGGACGAUCAGUAGCAAAAGCAAAUCGUAACUGCCGCAAUCCCUUUAAUUUCGCCCAAGCUAAGAUAAACUUAAGUUUUCCCCAUGGAGCCAACCAAUGAAUCUGACAACUGAACCAAAGUAUAUAAUUUUGGAGCUGCUGUCCAAUACAUUGGUUGCCCCCAAGAUAACGCAUGUCAAGCUAUGUUUUUUUUUUUUUUUAACCAAUUUUAGCCAUAUUGAAUAAAUCCCUAGAUGAUUAACAAUAUUGGCCAACUGAGCAUUCAA